AUGAAGAUUAUUUGGUGGAAUAUUAGGGGGUUAAACGAUUUGAAUAGAAGGGAUAUUGUUAAGAAAAAGGUUAGAGAUUGGAGACCUUCAAUUUUGCUUCUGCAGGAGACUAAGCUUCAACGUUGUACUGAUUUAAUUGCUUGGCAGUGUUGGGGUAAUAAGAAUAUGAAGUGGAUUGAUUCUCCCUCUCAAGGAAGUUCUGGUAUUCUCUGUAUGUGGGAUUCUUCUCAAAUUGAAGUCUUGGAUUUUCUAAUGGGGCCUUACUCAAUUAUAAUUCUUUGUAAAACUAUAAGUUCUUCUUUUGAAUGGAUGUUUACUGGUAUCUAUGCUCCUUGUGCCUCUUACAAUGAUGAAGUUAGUGAAUUUGGAGAGAGAUUGAAGAAGUCCAAUGGUAGUGCUUCAACAAUUGGAAUGAAGAAGCUCAUUAAAUUCAUCUCUAAACAUCAACUAAUUGAUCUUCCACUCAUUGGUGCUUCUUUUACUUGGACUAACAAACAAUUACAGAGUGUGAGAAGUCGUAUUGACAGAAUUUUGGUUACAUUGCCUUGGGAACUAGAGUAUCCUAAUGUAAUUCAGCAAGCUCUCCCUAGACCUGUCUCUGAUCAUAUCCCUAUAUCUCUCAUCUGUGAUGGUUUGAAACGUGGUCCUUCACCAUUUCACUGUGAGUAUUAUUGGUUCACUCAUCCUGAUUUUGUUUCUCUAAUCAAAAAUUGGUGGGAGUCUUUUUCUGUUUCAGGAAAUGCUGGUUUUGUUUUCUGCAAAAAGCUUCAGUUGUUAAAGCAAAAGCUAAGGGAAUGGAGCAAAAGAGAAUAUGGAGAUUUAGAAAGGAGAUUGGAGGAGCUGGAAGAUACUUUCAACAACUUGGAUAUAGAAGAAAAUUUUCAUAAUAGUUUAUCUCCUGCACAAUGGGACGAGAGAGUUGCUGCUAGACAAGAAUGGUAUAGAUUAACUUUAAUCAAAGCUGAGAAAUGGAAAAACAUAGCCAGAGUAAAUGACAUAAAGAAUAAUGAAAACAAUACCAAAUAUUUCCACAUAUUGGCAAACGAUCAUAGAAGAAUAAGUUAUAUUGGUUCUAUUAAGGUUAAUGGGGUUGUUACUUCUGAUGGAGCAAAAAUUAAAAAUGGUAUUAUUCCUUUCUUUAAAGAUAUUUUCAAAGCAAAUUCUCACAGACGUAUCUCUAUAGAGGUCUCUGGACCUUAUGGGUUUCCAAUAAGCUUUUAUUUAUUAUGCUGGGACAUUAUCAAGGAUGAUUUCUUUAAUGUGGUGAAGGAUUUACAUGCUAGAAGCUUUUUAGAUUGGAGAUUGAAAAAUACUUUCAUUGCUCUAAUUCCAAAGAAGGACACCAUAGAAGAAAUUAAAGAUCUCAGACCAAUUAGUCUGAUUCAUGGAGUUUAUAAAAUCAUUUCCAAGAUGUUGGAAGAAAGUCUCAAAACUACUCUCCUUAAUAUCAUUUCUCAACAUCAAACUGCUUUCAUCAAAAAAAGACAAAUUUUAGAUGGAGUUCUGAUAGAAAAUGAACUUAUUGAUUUAAGACUUAAAAGUGGUACUCCUGGUUUAUUAUGCAAAGUGGAUUUUGAAAAAACUUUUGAUCAUGUCAAUUGGGACUUUAUUGAUGACAUUUUUAAUCUUAUGGGUUGUGGAGAUAAAUGGAGAAGUUGGAUCAGAUGUUGUGUGGAAUUCGUGAAGUUCUCUGUGUUGAUCAAUGGUAGUGCUUAUGUUUUUUUCACAAGUGACAAAGGUAUGCUUAUUAGUCACUUGCAAUUUGCUGAUGAUACCUUGAUUUUUUUAGAUGCUGAUAGUGAGCAGAUUAAAAAUCUUAGACUGAUUCUUAUAUCUUAUGAGCUCUUAACUAGUCUUAAGAUAAAUUUCAGCAAAAGUCAGAUAUUUGGAGUUGGUUUUGAAGGUGACUUAUCUCAGUUCUGUGAUAUUCUGGGUUGUUGUUCUGGGAGUUUACUUACAACUUAUUUGGGCCUUUCUCUUGGUGAUAAAUCUAGAGGUGUAGCAAAAAUGGACAAGGUGAUAGAAAAGUUUAUUGCAAGACUUGCUGGUUAG